AUGAUAGACUUUUCUCGCGUUCAGAAGGAGCUUGUCGAAUGCCGUAAAGACGCUGCGGGAUCGGGAAUUCAGGUCAGUCCGAAAAGUGAUAAUCUCGUUAACUUGAUCGGAACCAUUCCCGGCCCUACCGGAACUCCUUACGAAGGCGGUGUAUUUCAGAUUGAAAUCAAAAUACCCGAUGGAUACCCGUUUGAACCCCCAAAGAUGAAGUUUACCACCAAAGUCUGGCACCCAAACAUCAGCAGCCAAAGUGGGGCUAUUUGCCUGGACAUCUUGAAAGAUCAGUGGAGCCCAGCACUGACUCUGAAGACUGCACUACUUUCUGUGCAAGCACUUCUUUCUGCUCCUCAGCCUGAUGAUCCUCAAGAUGCUGUUGUGGCAAAGCAGUACCUCAAAGACUAUCAGACAUUUGUCAAUACUGCUCGCUACUGGACAGAAAGUUUCGCUAAGACAUCAUCUCGUGGAGUCGAAGAUAAGGUUCAGAAACUCGUUGAGAUGGGAUUUCCUGAAGCUCAAGUAAGGAGUAUUUUGGAAGCCGUUGGUGGUGAUGAAAACUUGGCACUUGAAAGGCUGUUGUAG